AUGUCUUCAAUCAAGCCGGUAGAAAGAAGACCGUCAUUAUUAUUUGAUGAUUAUGAAAAAUCUGUGGUUGUGCCAGAACAGAAGCAAAGUGCUAUCCCUAUCAUUAGUAAGGAAGCACAAGAGAAACUAGCUUCUAAAAAAUUAGUGUCUAUUGAUGACUUAGAUAUGAUUUCCCUAUCAACUGUUUUUGAUAAGCAGAUGAUGCUAGGUUCACCAAUGUUCCUUGAUUCAACUGAUGAAACUGAAACUCUGUCAAAACAGCUAUCUGCAGAUGAACAGAAUUACUACACACAUUCUCAAUGCUACAAUCCAAUUCCAACAGCUUGCAGUGCAUUGAAUCCAGAAGAGAAUCAUCAAAAUCCUUUCAAUAAAUUGGUGCAAUUACGCACUAAAUAUAUCUUCAAUUCAUUCCAAGAUAAUAGAUCCAACGUUAAAAAUAAUAAGGCAAAGUGGUUUAUGUAUCCCAAGCCAUUACCAAAGUUCUGGAAAUUCGAAAAUGAUAAGAGAUUAAAUGAUAGCAUUGAUAGUGACAACGCAGAUUCAAGAGAAUACACCGGUUACUAUUUCCCACAUUCAUUGGACGAAGAAUAUCUGUUGGGAACAAAGAAAUUUAAAUACCAUUAUACUGGUGAAUUUUUUGAUAUAGCCCAUUACCAAGAAGCCUGUAAAAAAUUCUAUUCCGACAUGAAAUCCACUAUCGUUAUUGAAAAGAGAGAAAUCCCUUCUUUCAUUGAUUUUAAACAAGAUUUCACCUAUGUUGUGGAUAUGAUUCAAAAUCCGAGGUUCAACGAAAUAUCCUCUAAAAGACUGAAUUACUUAUUAGACAAGUUUGAAUUAUUUCAACAUCUCAAAUCAAAAUCUGAAAUUUUGGAAAACAAGCAAGUCCCAUACAGGGAUUUUUAUAACGUAAGAAAAGUCGACAGAGAUCUUUUACUGAGUGGUUGCAUAAGUCAACGUGAAUUAAGUGAAUUCAUAUGGGAAAAAUUGAAUUCAGAACCAAAUAAAGCUAUUUUCUGUGAUUCGAAAGGGGCAAAACUAUCAUUAAAGGACAUUUUCAAAAUAGGUUGUCAACAGGAUGAACCUGUUUCAAUAGGCUUGAAGUUAAUCGAUGAUGACUUUUUAGACUGGUAUAGGGAUGUAUAUCUCGUCAAUAUUCAUCCUUUUGACUUACCGCUAAGCCAUGUGGAAAAUAUACUAAGAAAUAACUUAAAACAUUAUAGAUAUUACCUUUUGGCUAAGACAUUUCUUGAAUUUGACAACUACAUAGAAGGUGAAUAUCUAGCGGAAAUUUUAAUUAGAUAUGUCAUUCAUUUCCUCGAAAAAUCCAAAUAUCAACUGGCUCAAGUGUCUGUGGAUUUCCAAUUUCGUUACAAAUCAGAAAACUGUGAAGAUAACUGGUGGGUAAAAUUUGCUAAGUGGGUGAUGAAAUGGAAGUUAGUCUCGUACAACAUUCGCUGGAAUGUUCAAAUUUCAAGAUGCUACACAAGAUUAUUCAAUAAUAAUGUUGUUGAUAACUUCCAGGAAUUUUUUGACUUGAUUUUCAAUCCUCUACUUGGGGCAGAGAACGACCAAAAUAUCGAAUUACACUUUUUCUUAUCCAAUGUUUGUGCUGUGGACCUGAUUGUAAGUCAAACUGAUGCAUAUAUUUGGAAAAACUUCGCUGACGUCAAUUUUGAACCCAUAAAAUGGGACAAUAGCGACAAUCCAACAAUCUCACAAUAUAUGUACUACCUCUUCAAGAACCUUUCGAUAUUAAAUGCAAAGCGUCACAAUAACCUUCAAAAUUCAAUCGUCCUAAGGAGUACGUGCUCUCCUUCAACAUCCGAUCGAACUUCUCAAUUUGCAUCUGCAUUUAACGAUUCCACCCUUUAUUUUACAGAGAAAAUAGAGGCGCUUAUUUGCAAUCUUCUAUUAUGUAAUGGUGGGUUGUUGCAGAGUGAACCUAUCUGGCAAUCGUCUCCAACAAUACUGUAUAUUUUCUAUCUUUUUCAGAUACCACUUAUAAUAUCUCCCUUAUCAUCCGCUUCAUUGAAAGCUACAAGUUCUCAGAACAUUCUUUACAAUACAGAUAAACCUGGUCAAAAAGAGGUGACUGUUAGAGAUUUAAUGGUAGGUGAGAAGUCGGGCUCAUACGAGAGCAAUCCGUUCUUGAAGCUGUUUAAGGCAGGGUUCAAGGUAUCUUUGUCAUCAAAAUCCAUCCUUUUCAAUUCAUCAUACACACUUGAACCAUUAAUAGAGGAAUAUAGUGUGGCUGCCAGUAUUCAUCUUUUGACGGCAGCAGAUUUGUGUGAACUUUCAAGAAAUUCUGUUCUUUGCAGCGGCUAUAAUGGCUGGUACAAAGCACAUUGGGAAGGCGUGAAUGCCUUUGAGGGUAGUGAAAUGCUACUAGAUCCUAUUGGUAUUAUCGAUGUCUGGUAUGAUAAUAUCAACGAGGAUACAAGGAUAAAACACAAUGUUCCCUUGAUCAGAAGACAGUACAGACACGAAACUUUGGAUCAAGAAUGGGAAUUCAUUAAUGAAAAUGUUUCAUAUUAA